AUGGAUUUAAAUCGUCGAGUCACCAGCUCUCUAACCGACCUACUUCUCGCAGCACCUAUAGACACCGAGAAAUACGAGGCGCUCUACAAGCACUUCCAUGAGCACCCUGAGCUCUCGAAUCUUGAGGUUAAAACUGCCAAAACGAUUGCAGAUCAACUAUCGCGUCUCCAGGCUUUCAAAAUCACCACCAAUAUUGGCGGUCACGGCGUCGUCGGCGUGCUAAAAAAUGGCCCAGGGAAAACUAUCCUCCUACGCGCUGACAUGGACGCCCUCCCAAUCUUGGAGGCAACCGGCCUUCCCUACUCCAGCACAGUCACCAUGCUCGACGUCGAGGGCGUCGUGCGGCCGGUGAUGCACGCGUGCGGCCAUGACAUGCACAUGACGUGUCUCCUCGCUGCAGCUGAAACGCUUCUCAAGCUUAAGCAAAGCUGGAGCGGUACGUUAAUUGUGCUGUUCCAGCCUGCAGAGGAGCGUGGCAGCGGAGCGAAGGCGAUGAUAGAUGAUGGCCUGUAUGAUAAGCACAAGAUCCCCCUGCCCGACUUUGUGCUCGGCCAGCACGUGAUGGCAAUGCGAGCGGGAAGCGUGGGAUCGAAGAUGGGGACGAUUAUGGCCGGGGCGGAUAGUAUGAAAAUUACACUGUUUGGGGUUGGUGGCCAUGGGUCGCAGCCACACCGGACGAUUGACCCUGCGGUCAUGGCGGCUCACGUUGUAGUACGCCUCCAGACUAUCAUCAGUAGAGAGAUCAAUCCAAGUGAUGUUUCCGUUCUGACAGUCGGGAGCUUGCAAGCCGGGCAUACAGAGAACAUCAUCGCAGACUCGGCAGAAAUUGGCAUCGAUAUACGUAGCGUGCGACCGGAAACGCGCGAGAAGCUUCUGGCCUCAAUCCGGCGAAUCGUCAAGGCUGAAUGCGAAGCAAGCGGUUCGACGGUCGCACCCAUAUUCAAAAUGACUCGGCACCUGCCAAACACCGUGAAUGACGAGUCGAUGAUGAAAACGCUAGUGAAGAGCUUUGGUGAGUAUUUUAAAGACGACUUUGAUGCAAAUAUACCAACUACUACCAUCGCGGAGGACUUUUCAGUUCUCGCCACAUCGCAGUGUCGACCUUGUGCAUUUUGGCAUUGGGGAGGAAUAGAGGAAGGGCUGUGGGAUCAGAGGCUGAAGGAGGGGAGAAUUGAUGAUAUUCCCGCUAAUCAUACGGCGAGAUUUGCGCCGGUAAUACAACCUACGAUGCGAACGGGUAUUGAUGCUCUCUGUGUUGCUGCUCUUGCUUUCUUUGACGAGAAGUUGCAACAUAGACUAUAG